UUUUUAUUGUAAAUACUACGUGAAUACAUAUUUACUGAUGCAAUUACAUUAACUUGAACGAGUCGGUCGCAUCUGCGAAAAUGGAACGUAUAGUUUGUUUUAUGAUUGUAACAGUGCACAAGAUACAUUUGAAGGAUAUUUUCUGAUCGCCGAUCGUUCAUUGUUUGGAUUUUCAGGUAUACGAAUAAUAACUUGGAGCCGCGUGAGAUUAGAAUCUCAUACGAUUAGAAAUUGCGCGAUUAAAUAAGAACAAGGAAUAUUUUUCUACAAGCGGAUUCUGGAUUGUUAAAUUUUUAGAAGAGUCUGCACUUUGUUAGCAAUAUCUUGCUAACAAUGUUUGAAAAUAUCCAAGAAGACGCUCGAGAAAUAAAGAGGCAGUUGUUAGAUCGGGGACAAGAAGUUGAUGAGAAUGUGAUAUGCGAACUUCUAGAGAGUGUCGAGGAGGGCAUGAAUAGAAUCGAGCACGUUAUUAACAUGAUUAUGGAUAUUCAAGAUCCCAGUUCCCACGAGUUUUCAGAUGAGGCAGGACCGUCUGAUGCAGACGCAUCUAACAAUACUGAGAUGUAUCAGAGCGUCGAGGAAGUUUCCAAACUUGAUGCGCAGAAUUCUUUGGACCAUGGCGAUACGAUUGCUCUGUCGUCGGAUUCCGAUGACGACACAGAUUUUUAUUAUCAGACUAGUAACUUUGAUGAUAUUUCCGUCGUCGAUACCGUGACCCGAUCUUCACCUUCGCAUUCUCUCUUGGACAUGUACAAUGUGACAUCAUCGCCGAGUCAAGUUAUCGAAAUUGUUGACCAAGCAGCAGCACUUGAUAAUAAUCAUCAAGAUGCAGCUGAAGUGGAGUUCUUGGAAGAGAAUAACAACGACCCCAAUAAUAAUCUUGAUUCGGCUCAGAUGCUCGAAGAGAUGCAAAAUAAUUCCACUGACGUUGCCGAUGAGACAAGCAGGCUGUUUGAAAGUCCUAAACCGGGUUGUAGCAAGGAUUCUGAUGAUGACUUGCCUGCAAAAGCCAACAACAGUUUUGAGGAACAGCAGAAGGAUGCGGAAGGAUGCACUGUUGCACCCAGCGUUACGGAUUGUUGUAGUAACGAUAACGAGACAUUUGAUAGUAAACCUUUGAAAAAGGGUGUUAAGCCCUCAACGUUUUUUGAUAUCGAGGAAUUGGAGAAGGAAGCGAAACAGAUAUACACUCUUUUACCACACUUUGACUAUUAUUUGAUUUACAAGAUUCUCCUUAGUUAUCAGUAUGCGAAAAACCGCAUCGAGCUCACAUUGUGGAGCUUAUUGCCAAAGAAAAGACCGGUGAUACAAUAUAUAAAAAGUCGACGACUAUCAAUAGUUAAGAUUUCCUCUGUAAAAUGCACAAAGAGUUCCAAUAAUCAGCAAUCUUUAGAAAAGGAUUCAACAGACGUGAAAGCAGCUUCAUCGGCAACGGUAAAGCAAACGUGUGCGGAGAAUGAAGAGGGAGUUUUGCAUGUUAAAACAAAAAAUGAAAAACUUGUAUCACCAGUCAUAGAUCGAAAAAGGUAUAUAAUGGAAAAAGUCAGAGCUCGGGACGAAACGGGCAGCAAUACUGUUCCAAAGAAAGCGAAGCUGAGUAAGGAUGAUGUUAAUAUCGAUGCUAGUACAUCUACCGCGCAUGAACAUAGUGAGAAAGCUGAUUCUUCAAAAUCAUCGAAAGCUGACUCGGGAAGCAACGAAGAACCGCAAUCGACUUUUGCUUCGGUGACACCGCCCAAAGCAGAAACAGAUGGCAUGCAAUCAUCAGUUCGACCAGCUUCACCAAGAUCAUCACAGUGCGUUUUGCGACCACCCAAGUUAAUGAUCAACUACAAAGUGUCACCAGUCGCACAGUCAUCAUCCGCGGUGCCUUCUACUUCGAUUCUAGCAACACCAAAGUUCGUAUAUUCCGCAGGAAAUUCAACACAGGUGUCUAACGUGGGUAAAUGCAGCGCGAGUCCGGGAACAAAUGCGGAAUUGCGGAGUCCGAACCCGUGGAAAGUUAGGAAGCUACUAGAAACAUACAAAAAUAAACCGUGGAACCUGCGGCACGAACAGGAAGCAAUGGAUCUGGCUCGCUCAAUCGCUCACUCGCAUCCAUACUCAGGUAGCAUCCAUUUCUCGAACCGUCCGUUAACCAAGACGAACGCAACUGUGAGAUCAUCGCUUUGGCGAGCUUGGCAAGAGAUGAAGAAUUUUCCGAUCACACCAAUGGAUGCACAAGCGGAAGUAGAUGAGAAAACGGAGAAUGUUGAGACUCCGAGUUGCUCGCAUCGUCAGUCCGUUGUUUCCGAGCAAUCCGAAGGCAAUCCGACGACACAUGGCGAGGAUACGUCGUCGCAAAGGCCGGCGAGAGCACUUGAUAAUUCCAGACCCGUUCUAUCGAACAAAACACCAUCGAAUGUAGAAACAGAAGAAGCUAAGAAGCUGGCAAAUGACGUUUACGUUUGCACGGUGGCCAUGCCGGUAUCACAAUCCACCGUUAACGCCGAGUACGAUAAGUUUCCUUACACAGAGGCUGGAACCAGCGGUAUGCCUACCACGAACAUUUCGGAGGAGAGUAGAGGCAGCGAAAAUGAUGGAAAAAGUCACUUGGACCAGAAGGACGGCACAGUUGGAGAGCUUCGCGAUAAACAGAACAAGGAACAGGAAACGAUUCUGUUGAAUGAAAAGGCGCUUAAAAUCUACUAUAAAUUGAUACCCAUGUUUCCGUGCAUAAGUACCGAUUACAUCAAGCGACUGUGUCAGCAACAUGUCAAGGAUGACGGGCAAGUGUUGAACGAAGCGAUGCUGCUACAAUACCUCGCGGAGCAGUUGCUCGAUUUCGGCCAACAACAUCCGCUCAUCAUUAAGAAACCGAAACCUGAGCCUGAGGACACUUACGACGUUAACGAGCAGUACGCGGAUCUGCUGGGAAUAUUCCCAGAGGCGGAUCCCGUGUACUUGAGACAGAUCGCUGAGAACAACGAUCCUGAGAAGAUAAAAGAGUUCGUCCAGUCGCAGUUGGAGAAGCCGAAUUAUCCGACCAGAGAGCAGUAUCUGGCCAAGAAGAAGAUCACGGAGCAGCAGAAGCGGUACACGACGGACUUCCAGGUGCAGCAGUUCUUGCAGAUAUUCCCAGAUCCAUUUUCGUACUUUGAGGACGAUAAGAGACAGUGCCAAUUCCAUCCACACGCGGUGGACUUCCUCAAGCAUCACUUCAACAAGAUAAGGGUAAAUACUUUGCUGAAAUUAUAUAGCGACUAUAAGCAUAAUUUAAGUUUAACUGCGAAGAAUUUGGAAAAGUUAACUCCGAAUAUGAAGACUAAAAGAUAUCCUCUGUACAACCAACUGUUGACGGCGGAUAUACCGCUUCUCCAAGAGUGUGCUUUCAUACAACACAAGGCAGAAUUUCGGAAGCAUUUGGCCGAGUUGAAAGCGAAGGAAGAGAAAGAAUUCAACGAACUUAAGGCAAAGAAUGAGUUGUUCGAGUGCCAGUGCUGCUACGAUAACGAGUGCAUGCCGUCGAAAUGUUCCACGUGCGAGGAUGGCCAUAUAUUUUGCAAUUCCUGCAUUGUAAGAAGUACCGAUGUGGUAUUAGGAGAUGGAAAAACACAAGUCGAUUGCUUGAUAAAUUGCGGUUGCGGAUUCCCUCUGUCCGUGCUCCAACGAGUAUUACUGCCGACCAAGUUCAGUAUUCUCCUUCGAAAACGACAAGAGGCGGAGGUGAUGGCUGCCGGACUUGACGGUCUGGUAUCGUGCCCGUUUUGUCACUUUGCGUCUAUUCCACCAGCCGAAGAUAAAGUGUUCAAGUGUCUUAAUCCUGAUUGUAUGAAGGAGUCGUGUCGAUUGUGCAAGGAGCUGAAUCACAUACCUCUGAAAUGCAACGAAGCGAAAUCAGACGCUGCACGUUUGUACUUGGAAGAGAAGAUGACCGAAGCUCUCAUACGGAAAUGCUAUCGUUGCGGAAAGACGUUCUUCAAGGAGGAGGGAUGUAACAAGAUGACUUGUGUGUGUGGCGCUCAAAUGUGUUACAUUUGUGACAAGCCGGUUACGAAUUACGAACAUUUUCGAGGUCAAGGAGCGUCACCGUCCAAUUCAAAGCUCUGUCCGUUGUGGAGCGAUGAUCGCCGCAUGAAUGCUGAAUCUGUGAUUAAGGUUUGUCAAGAGACCAUGAAACACAUUAAGGAGAAGAAUCCCAAUGUCGAUAUAAACGUCGGUGCACUCUUACCGAAAUUACCGCCCAAGAGCAGAGGCCCUCACGAAGAUGUUCCUCAUAUCAAUGCAUUACCGGUACGUAUACCGAUGCGUGCGGAUAGAAUCGCGAGGCAAAUUCCAUGACGUCUUUACUCUCAGUGUUCCUUCUGGAGCUCGUUCGUUUAAGAUUAUAUUUUAAGUAUGCAUCAUUAUAUCAUUCCUCUUACACGUAUAUAAAAAACUUGCAUAAAACUUCUAUUUUGCUGAUAAAAAAGAAAAAGUGUAAAAUGUAAAUGGUUAGUUGAAAGAGAUUUAUUAGGAUUAGUUAAGAUAGCGUUUCAUAUAAGCCAAAGGCUCUUGCUAGUCCUGCUACUUGCGCGGUUACUUGCGAUGAUAUAAAUAGUUAACACGAAUGGAAGUACAAAAUGUAAUUGCAAAACCAGGAAUUAAAUCAUUUUCGAAUUGAGGAAUUGGAUGCAACGACAGUAAAACUUAUCAUUAUUAUUUUGAGAAAAAGGGAGUUUUUAAUUUAUAAUUUCCAAUUAUAUCCUCUUUUCAAAAUAACGAUAAGUUUUGCUGUCAAUCCUUUCUUAAAUACGACUCAAGAAACGAUUGUUUUUACAUGCAAUUCUUCAAUUCCUUGAAAUAAUUAAAGUAUUAGCAGUAAGCAGAUAAUAUUUUAAUCUUUGUAAUGUUUGUUACGUUGUUGAGACUGCAACAUAUUUUUUUACCAAUUCACGUCUGAAAUACACUUGUUCCUAUCGUAUUGAAAAA